GUAUGAAUAUUUAUAGAAAUUUCUAAAAAAUAGAUAUAUAAAUAUUACCCAAAGGAAGCUUCACUCAUCACUAUCUCUUCCAAAAAUGGAGCUCCGCAACACUGUCAUGCUCUCUCUCGCUUUGUCUCUCACUUUCUUGGCCGUCGCUCAAUCUUCUGAUUAUGAAUGCGUCUACACGAUCUACGUGAGGACGGGAUCGAUCUUCAAGGGAGGUACGGACUCCAUCAUCAACGUCCGGCUCUACGACGAAAACGGCUACGGUGUCGAGAUCACAGAUCUCGAGGCGUGGGGAGGGAUAAUGGAGGCCGGCCACAACUACUUCGAGAGGGGCAAUCUCGACAUUUUCAGCGGCCGCGGACCUUGCCUUGAUGCUCCCGUCUGCGCGCUCAACCUCACCUCCGACGGUUCCGGUGACCACCACGGCUGGUACUGCAACUACGUGGAGGUCACCACCACCGGGCCCCACAUCCAGUGCAAGCAGCAGCUCUUCACAAUCGAGCAGUGGCUCGCCACCGAUACGUCGCCGUACGAGCUCACCGCCAUCAGGAACGACUGUCCUUAUGAUUUCGCCGAUAAGAAACUCCAGAUCAAGUCUUCUUCUUCAUCUGCUUCUUCGUCUCGUCCUUUAAAAUUGAAAUCUGUUGUUUGAGAGCGAUGAUGAUGAUGAUAGGUGUUUUGGGGUGGUGUUUGGAUGUUGGGUUAGUUUAAUUCCUGUCCAGUGUAAGAGUAAAUGAAAUGUAGUAAGUUAUUAAUGUUAAGAGAGUGUGAGUCUAAGUAGGGUUUAUUGUAAUCCGUGGUUAUUGUUUUGAGCAGUGAAAUUGCCUGUUUUUCUUUGUUUGGUGGUUUGGUUAUCCAAAUCAGGCAUUGCGAUGUGUCCUCGGAGACCCGAAAAGAAAAUUUUAGAGGGUGGUGUUUGUAUAAAAGCCCAAGUAAAAGUUGCUUAAUUUGGGUCUUCAAAAAAAAAAAAAGUUUAAAAUAAUGGAGGGCACUUUUCGGAUU